AUGCCGCACGGAGGUCGCGAGCAGUCGCCGCGCUCCUCCAAGCUCGGCCCGGCGGGGCGGGGGAGGGUUUUUAAGAACUCUCGCCUGCGCCCCACCGAAACCAGGACGCUGCACGUGGCGAUACAAGGGUUCGUCGCCAGUGCCACGCCGACCCCAUCAGCCACCGGAGGUGCGGGGGAGGAAUUCUUCCCCCCGCCCCCCUCGAUACCCGACACCCCGGCGUCGCCCUCGCCUCCGCUGCGCACGGCCCCACCCGCGUGGCCGACCGCGGCGCCGGAACAGGAACAGGAUCCGGAACCUAUGGACGUGGUGCCGACCACCGCCACUCCGGACGCGGGUGUCACACACCCGACCACCUUCACUCGUGACGCCGGUGUGACACACCCGCCGUCCGCAAUACCGCGGCCGACUCCACGGCCUAUACUGACACCGAUGCGGCGCAACCUGCCGCCACCGCAGCCGCCGCCCCACGCGCCACCGCUCCUCGCGCCCCCGCCCCCGCACUAG